UAACUUAUUGCUUAAUUUCCUGGCAGAGUGGUUGGAAAAGCAAUCAUCUUUCUUUCAUUUCUGGAAUUUAUUGUUUAACAACUCCCGGUUUUAAUAUAUGCAUUUCCGCACUUUGUACCAGAAUUAGCCCUGACUCGGUCACAUUUGCAAGCACUCACUUGUUAUAGAAAUCGAAAUUAAGCCUUGUUUUGCUCUGUCUAACUGUUAAUCUAGCUUUUCUCCUCAGAAAUCUUGGAGUAAGAUUCCUGAAAUCCUUGAGAUAAUUUAAGAGGAAGGAUUCCCAGGGAUGCUGCCAAUAUAUGAGAUGUUCGAUCUCCUGGAGAGAACGCUCAUCGAAUGGAAGGACUAUGUAAACCAAGAAAAAUCGAAAAGGAGCCGUAGGAAACUAGCUGGUCAGAUUUUUGAGCCUAAUGAGUAUGGUGAGCUAUUGGAUUCUCUAACUGAAAAGAUCAAUCAGCUGGGACUGGAUUGGUUCUUUCUGCAAAUGGUUUGGCAAUGGAUGACAGAGUGUAAGGGAACUACUAGUAUGUUCUUGCGGGAUGAAAGAUUAUUCACUGAAAAAGUUGGUGAUCCGGGGAAUUUGAUCUUCAAUGAUUUACGUUCAUGUUACUUUCGAGCUACGAGGGACGGCCUCCUGGAAUGGUCUCAAAAGACAUUCACUUUGCUGGAUGACUGCAAAAGAAAGACUGAUGGGCUAAUUGGGAUUCGAGAAGCUGUAAAGGACAUAUCGACAAAAUCUGCAUCAGCUGCAUACUCUCCUGCAGGUGGUUUUCGGCUAUUUUUCAAUGAUUAUGUGAGAACGAAUAUGUGGAUAUUCAAUGAUGCGGGUGAUGGUGUUCUUGACAAGAAGCUAGUUUCCAUCUACAGCGAGCUGAUAUCGAUCUACACGUAUUUGGAACUUUUGGAAAAGUGCCAAUGGAAUGAUGGUAGUAGUGUCCAGGAGUUGGCGGUACCUGUGACGAUGAGAAUCGCUAUUCAGUUUUGUAAUCUCUGGUUCAAUAGAAAUGACCCGGAAACUGCGAGUGUUAUCGCCCGAGAAGUGGAAAGUUUGCUUCAGGAGAUUGAUCCUUGUACAAAUCUAGAGUUCCUGCAGCUCAAUCUCAGAUGCCUUAUGUCAACCUACCAAUCUAGUUUCCAGCAAAUUGGAUGGAAUGGAUGUGAUCUACUCAUUAAAGAUUUUUGCUGCUACCUUUGCAACUGGUUUCACAGAAAAAACCUGGAUUUGGCCUCCCUGGUUACCGUUUUCAUUGACAUCAGUGUAAAUGAAGGCGAGAAGGAUUUGCACAAUUUAUCUGCUGAGAUUAAGGCAUUGCUAGCAGAGGCUGCAUUUUUACACCGCAAGGUGCAACGUGAUCUAGCUAUAGAUUACUUAAAAGCAUCCCACUCGUCGAUUAAAUGGAACAUAGCUGAAAGGAAAGAGCGAGAAGUAGCCGCUGCGCUGGCACCUUGUUCCGAGUUACAAGCAAAUGUUUGUCUCCUCAAGGCAGAGCUUUUCCUCAAACAGCGACUCAACGCUCGCGCUUCCUCCACGCUCUUCAGUGAUGACCGGUUUUACAAAGUCGACAUGGUCCUCGCCGACCUGAGGGCGCUGAAAAGACAAGUAUGUGACGAGCAAGGGAACACAGAAUACGUGAAGCGGAGUUUGGUAGUGGCUGAAGAGUUGGCUAAUGAGAUAGAAUCACUCCAGAAGUCGCUUCAUUCAAAGACGGUAACUAACCCUUUGUGUAGAAGAUCACUUCAGCAGUCGCUGUUUAGGAUUGUCUUCUUCAAGGCCGAGUCGAUUUUAGCUGAGUUAUUAAGGAUUGGUGGAGAUACUUCCUUAGGUAAUGAGAUGCAUAAAGUUGGAUACCUUGUUGAGGAGCUUAAACAUUUCAAAGGGUUUGUAGCAACUAAGCUGUCAAGUAAUCCGUCAGACGACGAAUUAGUCCUCCUACAGAUUGAAGUGGUUACAAGGGAGAUAACACUUCUGUCUUACUCUUAUCUCCCUAACCACAAGAAGUUCGAGAAGAUAGUCAAUUCAUUGCCUCAGUUGUUGGAUAAAGUGCGCACUCUGAAGGCAAAGCUCUCUGAAACAUGAUCCUGCUGAGUCAAUUGAGCCGGUGAAGCAUCAUCAUAUUGGAGGAAGUUCAGUUGCAUUUGGAGUCCUGAUUUGAAAUCUUUUGUCCUGAAAGUUAAAGAUUCCGAUGUCGAAUCUGUUAAGAGGUUGAUGGUCUGCUCAUAUGCAGCAAUCAAGAUGUGGUGAUCAACAAGUAGGCAAUAUAUAUCAUGGUCUUCUUUUGCUUCUUUUGCUUUUGUUACUGUGUCAGAGAGGAUUGUUAGUGUGUGCCUGUGCGCGUGCUCUCUCAUUGAUGCGCAAUUUAUUAGCUAGGUCAUGAAUGCUCAAGUUGAAGCAAUGUUUUCAGUCAAAAACGGUUCAGAAUCUUCAUUGAUGUUUGUGUUGUGUAACCCUGACUAGUACGCCAGUGUGGAGUGAGUUUGGGGGAGAUCUAUCCAUUUGAUAGUCCAACUUAUACUUCUGUUAGAAAUUCCAAUUUCAUGUCGAAAUACCAAAUUAUUAUCUUCAUGAUGUCCGCGAUAAAAAAGAAGGUGCUGAUAAAGGAUUGUAAUCAGGACAUAUUUUCUAAAUGUUUUAUUUCCUUUGUCGCA